GAGAAACAACAAUUUUCACGUGUGUUUAUAUCGGUCUACACGUGAAAGGAUGAUGGGUGCACGUACUACAGUUUUACAGGGAAAAACAGUCCAACUCCUCAGCCGGUCGUAUAAAGAAACAAAACACGUGCAUGAUCGUCAGUAUUCGACAGUAAUCGUUCCGGCAACUGAUGAAGUUAAGCGGCAAUACUCCUUUCAGGUUGUCCCUGCCAAAGAAGUGAACCUCCCUGCUGCAAACCUUACAACAUGGAUGUCAGAGCACAUCUCCAACUUAAGCAUAGCAGAUAUUUCACCUGUGGCAUUAAAGAGGAGUAAACGUAUGAUAUUGGAUAUCAUCGGCGUUGGAAUGAUUGGCUCGAAAACAGAAAUUGCCAACAGUUACCGCGAUUUUGCGGCAUAUACGGAAGGCUUCAAUUCCAAUCACAGAGCCUCUGUUUGGGGAACUGGUGGCUUGAAAGCAUCUACGGCAAUGGCUGCCUAUCUUAAUGGUGCCAGUUGUCACGCCAUGGAUUUUGACGAUACGUGGCACCCUGCCACACAUCCCAGUAGCCCGGUGCUCCCCGCUCUGCUGGCUCUGUCGGACACACUACCAUAUUCUCAGAAGCCUUCGCUGGAGGACAUCUUAGUGGCAUUUAACGUUGGGAUUCAGGUCCAGGGGGCCCUGCUAAAUUGUUCAACUCAGGCUAGGAAUAUCCCACACCGUCUCCAUCCACCAGCGAUAGUGGGAGUUAUGGGAAGCGCUGCCGCCUGCUCCAGAUUGUUGGGUCAUGGUCCUCAGAAAUGUCGUCAUGCGUUAGCUAUUGCCUCUUCAUUCGCUGGAGCUCCUAUGGCGAAUGCCGGUACCACAACAAAACCAUUGCAUUCUGGGAAGUCAGCUCGCUUUGGACUUGAGGCAGCUAUAUUAGCUGAGAAUGGUAUCGAGGGAAACGAAAAUAUUUUAGAUAUGGAUUCUGGCUUUGGGGCAUUCUACGAGGACUACAACCCUGAGAAACUUCUAGACAUGCUCACAGAAACAAAUGACGUCAUUCUGCAUCAUCAGGAUAUUGCACUUAAGCGAUACCCGUGCCAUCUGGGGAUGCACUGGGCUAUUGAUGCGGCAAUGGACGUGAGAGCUCAGCUUGUAUGCCAUUUGGGUGGUUUACACGUCGAUUUUAUCAGAAACGUACACAUUAUCGUUCCUGGUUCCAAGUACAUCAACCGACCAAUACCCACAACCGAACACGAGGCUCGGCAUUCUUUCCAGUUUACUACAUGCUCUGCUUUGUUGGAUGGCGAAGUUGCACCAGAAACGUUCCACUUCAACAACAUAAGGCGGCAACAGCUACACAGUCUUCUCAGAAAAGUUAGUGUCAUUACGCCUGAUGACAACACACCAUCGUUUGACAACAUGUACGUAACUGUUCGUGUCGUGACGAAGGACAACGUGACAUUUGAAAGCACGUGUACCGAACCGUAUGGACAUUGGAGAAAACCGUUAUCAGAUGCCGACGUCGUUAAGAAAUUCCGAAAAAAUACGGAUUUUCUUAACAAAGAAUCUCAAGACAGACUUGUGAAUCUGGUAUUGAGGAUGGAAAAGACGCAAACCGUCACAGAAAUCUCACAACUGUUGCUCUAAGCUAUAAAUAUAAGUAGGCUCUGAAAAGUGCUUUUGUAAACACACAAAACGUGCUAGUAUACCGAACUUGAGAUAUUUGUCUAUAUUUAAAGUGGAUUCAACCCGAAGAGCACGAUAUGAAAGUUUACAGAGGCGGUCAAAAUCUAAGUUGUCUUUUAUUUGUCUUCAACCAUGAAAACUAAAGUGUCUGUUUUAGAAAGUCGCUGAUUCCUUUUAAGGAAAUGAGGACAAGAGAGCUGA